AUGGCCUUGCUGAAGGUUUGCAAGGGCUGGAGCCUCCGCCAGUGGUCGUCGCGGCUGGCCCUGCGCUACAUCACCCUCGUCUUCCUCACCUUUUUCUUCCUCGCCAGCUAUGCGCUCUGGCACGAUGUCAAGUUUUGGGAUGCUCAGAUCCAGAUCCCCCGCAAAACCAUCAACAAGCUGGGAACCAAGCAUCCUGUUCGAAAGCUCAUGGUCGAUGCCAAGGCCCGUCACGAUGCCCUCCUUGCCAAACGGUCCCUCACCCUCGACUCUGCUGCGCAGCAAUAUCGCAAGCGACGAGGACGUCACCCGCCCCCCGGCUUUGACAUGUGGUUCCACGCUGCCGUGGACAUCGAUGCCAUCAUCGUCGAAGACUACUUUGACAGGAUAUACAAGGACCUGACGCCCUUUUGGGCUCUCGAUCCCGAACAGACCAAGAAGCGAGCCAGUGCCUGGCACCACGUCGUCAAAGUCCGCAAUGGCACCGCCGCCGCCCAUGGCGACGUCACCGACCGUGUGCCCUGGUUGCAGCUUUGGACUGCUCUCGUUGCCGACUUUGCCAAGUACUUGCCCGACGUCGACAUGCCCAUCAACUACAUGGACGAAUCGAGACUCCUCGUGCCCCACGACACCAUUGCGAAGCUCGUGGCGGAGGAACGCAAAGAGAGACGCAUCGUUGACCCAACCAAAGCCAGCUCCAAGUUCCACGGCCUUGCCGCCGUUGAUGCUGCCAUGCCCGAUCCCUACGAUCCUCACUGGCACGGUCCCAGCGAGCAGUAUUGGAACUUGUUUGUCAAGACCUGUGGCCCCGACACCCCAGCCUUUGGCGUCCAGCAAGUCCAAGACAUGUCUGGACCGGCCGAGUUUCCGCAAAACUAUAGACCGGAUUACGCCCACAAGGGCUAUAUUCAGAAUUUUACCGCCUCCUCAGACCCCUGCCGGCAACCGCAUCUGCGCCAACUACACGGGAGUUUCAUCGAACCCAUCAGUCUGUCCUCCACAGAAGAACUCAUCCCCCUGUUUGGCGGCUCCAAGCUCCCUACCAACAAUGAAAUUCUCAUCCCGGGAGCCAUGUACCUCGACCAGGGCGACUUCUACUCCGGCGGCGAGUCACACGGGCCGUCGUGGGACCGAAAGAAGAACGCCGCCGUCUGGCGCGGCGAGGGCUCAGGCGGCCGCGCCAGAGAGCACAACUGGCACCACUUUCAGCGUCAGCGUCUCGUCCACAUGCUCAACGGCACAGUCGUAUCGCAGGUCGAAGAUUCGGGCGUCCGGGCCAAGACGUUUGAGCUUCCCCCGGAGACCAUCUACCCCAGCCCGCGCCUUCACCGCGGCAACCUGGGCCCCCUUGCCGACGAGAUUGCCGACACGGGGUUCGUCAAGCUUUGCCCACCCGCCGAAUGCCCCUUUUACAACGACACCUUCACCGUGCUGCAACACCUCCCCAUGAAGCAGCAAUACCGGUACAAAUUCCUCCCCGACGUCGACGGCAACUCCUUCUCCGCCCGGUUCCGCGGCUUCCUCCGCUCCACCAGCCUGCCGCUCAAAGCCACCAUCUACGCAGAGUGGCACGACGACCGCCUCAUCCCCUGGGUGCACUUUGUCCCCUUUGACAACACCUUCCAGGACCUGUACCCCCUCCUCGACUUCUUCUCGGACACUAACGGGCCCGGGGACGCUGCCGCCCGCUUCAUCGCCGAGCAGGGCCAGUCGUGGUCGGAGAGGGUCCUCCGCAGAGAAGACAUGGGCCUGUACGUGUGGCGACUGCUUCUCGAGUGGGCGAGGGUGUGCGACGAGAAUAGACACACGCUCGGCUACGUCGACGACUUCAGGCCGAAGAAGGCUAGCAAGCAAACGCAUGUCUGGCAUGCCUAA